AGUUUACACUUCUAUUCACAGAUUAUUUUUUGUAUCAUACAUAAAGUAAAAUAAUUAAAAUGGGUUUUGAAACGUGUGGACCAAAUGAAGCCAUGGUUGUGUCUGGUUGUAUGCAUAGUCGACCACUUAUGGUUCCUGGUGGCCGGGUUUGGAAGUGGCCGGUGGUUCAACGACUUCAGAGAAUAUCGCUUAACACAAUGACAUUGAAGAUUCAUUCUACAGAGGUGAACACAUUAAAGGGUGUGCCCAUCUCAUGCAUUGGGGUUGCCCAGGUUAAAAUCCAAGGGCAAAAUCAAGAUAUGCUUGCCAAUGCCUGCAUGCAGUUCCUUGGUAAGACUGAGCAGGAGAUUCACAACAUUGCUCUUGAAACCCUUGAAGGUCAUCAGAGAGCAAUCAUGGGCAACAUGACAGUGGAAGAAAUCUACCAAGAUCGAAAAAAGUUUGCAAAAAAUGUGUUUGAAGUUGCAUCAUCUGAUCUUAUUCAGAUGGGCAUUACAGUAGUGUCGUACACUCUAAAGGAUGUUACUGAUAAUGAAGGAUAUCUUUCUGCACUUGGUCAAACACGAACUGCUCAAGUUCAGAGAGAUGCAAAGAUUGGAGAGGCAGAGUCGAGGAGGGAUGCCGGGAUCAAGGAAGCGAUUGCCAACCAAGAUCGUAUGAAGGUUCGUUACGAGAAUGACACGGAGAUCGCAAAAGCAAAGAGAGACUAUGAUCUUAAGAAAGCUGCUUAUGAUAUUGAGGUUCAUACUAAAAAAGCCGAAUCUGAGCUUGCUUACGAUCUUCAAGCUGCAAUUUCAAAGCAAUCGAUCAAAGAAGCAGAGAUGCAGAUCAAGGUUGAAGAAAGAUCCAAACAAAUUCAAGUCCAGGAGCAAGAGAUCCUGAGGAGAGAGAAAGAACUGGAAGCUCAAGUGAAGAAACCGGCUGAAGCUGAAAAAUACAGAUUGGAGACCAUUGCUGAAGCAGAAAGAAACAAAGUUGUUCUUGAAGCAGAAGCUGAAGCCGAAUCUAUCAGAAUGAAGGGAGAAGCUCAAGCUUUUGCUAUCGAGGCUCGUGCUAAGGCUGAAGCUGAACAGAUGGUCAAGAAAGCUGAUGCGUGGAAAGAUUACCAGGAGGCUGCUAUGGUUGAUAUGGUUCUGAGCACUCUGCCCAAGGUUGCGGCAGAGGUGGCCGCUCCUAUUGCUACAACAAGGAAGAUCACUAUGGUAUCUUCUGGCAAGGGAGAGAUUGGAGCGGCUAAGUUGUCAGGAGAGGUGUUGGAUGUGGUUGCUAAGCUGCCAGAAAUGAUCGAGAAGCUUACUGGUGUAAAUAUGUCAAAAGCUAUGAAAAUAAAGGGACAUUAAGCAUCUUCCUAUGUAAACAUAACUAAGAUGGAGAUGUUAACCUUUGCAUUAAAAUGUUGCUUGAUACGUUAAUACAGGCUUUAUAAACACAUUCUUCACCUAAUGUUACUUAUAUUACUAACAAGUGUUGUUGGAAAAUAACAUUUUCUACUUUUGGAACUGAAAGGGCACUUGAAUUUGUGUCAUUAGUAGAAGCCAAAUUAAACCUUAUGUACAUUACACAAACUUACAACAGACAGUAGCCUGGUAAAUUCAUUUGCAUGUUUGUAAUAUUUAUGUAAUCUGAUACAGAAUUAUGCCUGGUGACAUGAACUUCAUUUUAAUGUCUUGAAUUUCUUUGUUAGGUGUUUUCUUUUUAUGGUUUUUAAAUCGAAAUUAAAGUCCUAUGAGCAGAAGAUGUAAUGUGGUGCCUUAUAAACAAAACUGCAAAUUACAUCCAUGAUAGAUAUAAGUGUACACUUUACAAAACCUUUGUUUUUACUAUUUUACACUCAUAGUCUCACUAUUUCUCCUACUCAGCGAAUAUGUAUUACCGCAGUAAUUAAAAACCAAGUUACCAAAACCAUGCUUUAGGUACGGUUUAACUCUUAAGUAAUAUUCAUGCAUGCAUAUGUAUAUUGCAUUUGUUGUAUCAAAAGUGUGACUUAAAAUGUUUAGCUGGUGCUUUUUUGGCCGUAUGUACUUUACCAAAACAACCAUAUAAAAUUUGUGGUUGUAACUGAAUCAAUAAUUAUGAUUUAUUUUAGAACAAAAAUAUGGAGAAAUUUUUGAACUGAAUUUUUUUUCCUAUUGUUUAUAUUUGUAGCCAGAAUAAAUCCUCAAGUUGUAAAUAAAAGUAAAUAACAUGA